AUGAUACUCCGGUCUGAAUUUCUGAUUAUCGGCGGCGGUAUCGCCGGCGCCGGCGCAGCUGCGCGUCUUGCGCCAGACGCAUCGGUCACUCUGCUUGAGAUGGAAGAUGCGCUCGGCCGGCAUGCGACAGGCCGGUCGGCGGCGAUUUUCAUUCGCAACUACGGCAAUGCCACCUUGCGGGCGCUCAAUGCGGCCUCUGAGCCGAUUCUGGAAACACCCGAAGGAUUGUCCGGCCAUAGCCUGCUGACGCCGCGCGGUGAAAUGCUGAUAGCCACUGAAGAGGAGCUCGGUGCGUUUCAGGCCUAUCUGGAUGGCGCAGACGGUAUGGAUCUCUUGACGGCUGAAGAGGCCGUCACUCUAUUCCCGCUCCUCAAAAAGGACAGGAUUGCUGCAGCGGCAAUCGAGCGAGCCGCCAGGGACAUUGACGUUGACCGGUUACUUCAAGGCUUUGUCCGGCUUGCCAGGCAGCAUGGGGCAAAAAUUGUAACACGGGCACCGGCAGAGACGAUCCGGUGGGCACAGGGCGCCUGGCGUGUGGAGACACCAGCCGGCAGCUUUGUGGCUCCGGUCCUCAUAAACGCGGCCGGAGCGUGGGCGGACGUGAUUGCGGCACGGGCACGAAUUCAAGGGAUUGGGCUUCAGCCGAUGCGCCGGUCUGCGGCCAUAGUUGCACCGCCGGACGGGUUCGAUAUCACGUCCUGGCCUUUGGUCGCGAGCGCAUCGGAAAGUUGGUACGUGAAACCGGACGCAGGUAAAUUCAUGGUCUCUCCGGCAGAUGAAGACCCAGUGGAGCCUCAUGAUGCCUGGGUUGACGACAUGGCGCUCGCGGAAGGACUGCACCGUUUCGAACAGGCUGUGAAAAUGCAGAUCACACGUGUGGAACACAGCUGGGCAGGUCUUCGCAGUUUUGUAAGGGAUCGAACGCCUGCCGUCGGCUUUGCUCCCGAUGGGGACGGAUUUUUCUGGUUGGCCGGACAGGGCGGAUACGGUGUUCAAACCGCACCUGCCUUGUCGCAGCUCACGGCGGAUCUUUGUCUGGGACGGAAACCGGAACUGGCACAGGAGGUUGUGCAGGCUCUCGAUCCUUCCCGUCUCAGCCAGAAUUGA